AUGUAAAAGGAAAGAGAAGAGAAGAUAAUCAAGUAGUUAUUUAAGGAGGUAUAUCCUUAGCCGAUUCGCAUUAGAUACUGAACUAUUAUAAGAAACUUAUGCAGAAUACAAAUGAGAAUGCUGAAUUACCAUGCCAAGACAAUAUGGUUGAAGAUGUGUAGGUUUGUUUCCGUGUAAUGUGCCAAAUUGUGGAUUCAUUUCUUUAAGGAUAUAAUGAUCUUAAGAAUCAAUAUAAACUAUUGGAAGAUCAAUUAAUAUCAAAAGAAACUGAAGCAAGAAAACACAUUCAAAUUUAACAACAAUUAAAAAUAUAUGCUGAAGAUUUAUAAGACACAUGUGAAGAGAUGUAAAAAUAAUUAGAGAAAUCUAAUUCAUAAAUAAUAGUAUAGAAAUGAUUAAUAUUAUGGAAGCAAUUAUCAAAAGAGAUAGUUAGAAUGAAGAAAUAAAUUAAGAUAUCUAGUUAAGAGAGAUUGAUGACAGAUACUACAUAAGAUAGAUUAUCAACAAUUCUAUCAUAAUAGAAAUAACAAGUUUAACCAAAAACAAUGAUUAAUAUGUCAAAGAAGAAAACAUCUUAAAAUCUGUAAUUAAACUAAAUAAAAUAGAAAAAAUUCAAUAUCAAUAUUGGGAUAGACAAUAACAAUGGAUAGGAUGCAUGAAUUAACUAAUUUAUAUAAUAAUAAAAAAACUAAACAAAAGAAUGGAAUAAAGACAAGAUCAAAUACAAUUCAUAUUACUGAACAAAUGAACAAACCUUAAAAAUAAAAAAGAGUUUAAUCAAUCCAUGAUGUAUGA